AUGUUUUCAAAAUUUGAUGGCACGGGGCAACCAAGUGGACCAGUCAACAAUGAAAAUGGGUUACAAAAGAACAAGGAGGAUACAAAAGAAAUUGUUGACUAUGACCAACUUCUAUCGUCCGCUGGAGAGUUCGGCCUCUAUCAGAUCCUACUCCUCGCAUCGUUAUUCCCCUUCUACAUAUUUGGAGCAUUCUCCUACUUCUCACAACUAUUCAUGACAGAAGUUGCACCAAACCAUUGGUGCUGGAUUCCGGAACUUGAAAAUUUGACCGUGAUUGAAAGAAGAAAUCUCGCUAUCCCAAACGACACUGCCGCAAGAUUUGGAUACUCUCAGUGCUCUGCUUACGUCGCCAACUGGAGUGAGGUUCUUGCGACGGGACUAGCACCAGAUUUAACGUGGGAAACUCAACGCUGCCAACAUGGAUGGGAGUUUAACAAAACAGAAAUACCAUACCCGACGAUAUCAAGCGAUAUGGGCUGGGUGUGUGAUAAGGACAGUUACCAGGCCUCAGCUCAGUCAAUCUUCUUUGUUGGAUCUAUCAUAGGAGGGUUCCUGGUCGGAUGGGUGGCAGACCGCUUUGGAAGACUCCCAGGGGCCGCGUUCAGUAACUUUAUUGGGUGCAUUGCUGGUAUCGCGAGUGCUUUCGUUCACAAUUUUACUGAGUUCGCGGUCUGCCGUUUUUUCAUGGGGAUGUCCUACGACAACUGCAUGAUGAUGACUUACAUCCUGGCCUUGGAGUACGUUGCUCCAAAAUAUAGAGCUAUAAGUGCAAAUAUUCCUUUUGCACUGUUCUUUACUUUUGGUUUGUGUAUAUUACCCUGGAUUGCCCUAGCUUGUGCAGACUGGAAAACUUUGACCUUGGCUACUAGUAUCCCCAUGGGAUUAUCUUUACUCGCGCCGCUCUUAAUGCCGGAAAGUCCGCGCUGGUUACUUACUAAAGGACGAGUGGAUGACGCAGUUCAGAAAGUGGUAAAAAUUGGCCAUAUAAACAAGAAAUUGGUACCACCCAGAAUGAUCGAGCAGUUCAAGAAGGACGCUUGUCGACAAGAAGAAAAGGGCAGUAUAUUAGAGUUGUUGAGAAGGCCUUUAUUAAGGACAAUGUUCAUUUGUAUUUGUGUCUUAUACAUGAGUGAUAUGAUAGUUUUCGAUUCGUUGGUCAGAACUGUAGGCCAGCUAAAAUUCGACUUCUUUGUAUCAUUUACCAUUGUGUCUAUGACGGAAUUUCCUUCACUAGUAAUAGUAUCCUUCGUUCUCGACUGGACGGGAAGGAAAUGGAUGACGUUGGUCACACUGUUAAUAUGUGGUAUUUUUAGUAUUAUUACAACUUUCGUUGGGGCCGGAUUGCCAUCGGUACUGUGCGCUGUAGUAGCCAGGUUUUGUGCGAAUAUGGCUUGUAAUACAGCUAUGCAAUGGGCAGCUGAAAUAUUGCCGACGCCAGUACGAGGCUCCGGUAUAUCUGUGGUACAUAUUUGUGGUUACGUAGGUACUGUCAUAUCGCCAUUCAUUGUGUACUUGGAGACCGUGGUGGAAUGGCUCCCUCUAAUUGUUGUCGGUGCUAUAGCGUUUUUAGGAGCAGCUGUGUGUCUAGGCUUGCCAGAGACAGCAGCAAAAGAAAUGCCGCAAACGUUUGAUGAUGCAGAAGAAUUAAUCAAGUCUACAAGCAUGUUGGAAUACCCUUGGAGGAAGACAGCUGUUAGAGAAACCCCACGUGACUAUGGACACGUCAACAAUAACUUCGAGAUGAACUAAUAGUUGAUAAUAACAGACCAUGCUUUCGCCUUUCUCUUCUCCUUUAUCAAAGCUAGGUUUGAAGACUUUAAAAAUUAUGUAGC